UCCCGUACGUGCGAAGGCUUGCGCGCUAUGGAAUAAUGUGCCUGUGUUAUUUCAUGAAAAAAGUGAUACGCACUGCCGCGUGCCGAUGGUCAUCUCUUGGAUUGCAUUGUUGCAGUACCUUCAAAACACCAUUGUCGCAGAAAGUUUGCUGGUUGACAUCAUUUCGAUAUGAUAUUACGGGCGGAUGGACGGGACCUAACGUCCUAAAAAGCCGCCUACGUAUCGGGCACCAUGCCGCCGUGACCGCUCCGGGUUCAAACAAGAAUAAUUCACGAUUGUCAGGACACUUUUCUAAUGCAUGAUGGCGGCUCUGAAUCAACAGAAGUUCAAGGGAUCUGGAGAUCCAUCAUCAGCCAAUAAUGGCCUCCUAACUGUUGUCUUCAGGGCUCCGCUUCUGAACCACCUAUCAAUAGACUCUGGUUUCCUGGGUGCACUGGUGCAAUCAUGUCUCAUUUCAGUUGACGAGCAAGAAAGCAUCUUAAGGAAAGAAUCAAGAGAGGACAGGAUCCGGUUUUUAUUGAGGAUAAUUUGGUUUAAUCCAUCAGAUGUUGUGUCACAGUUCAUUUCAGCUUUGAAGCAAUCAGACGGCGAUACCAACAGGCUACUGGCUGACCACAUCGAGGGAGUCCGCAACAUCCCCCAAUACGACAGAGAGCGUGGACUGAUAAAGAAGCAUUAUCAAAGACUCGCACAGGAUAUCGAUCCUUCUGGCAUGAUUCCGCACCUCACAUACAUUCACAUUGAUGAUAGAGAGCGCAUUAUGGCUACAUAUGCCAAUGGGCACCUUGAUCUUGCAAGGUGUGCAUUGCUUCAUCUGACACUAAGAACGCUUGCUCCAGAGUGGUUUAAUGAAUUCCUGACUGCGUUGGAAAACACUGGCCAAGGAAACGUCGCAAGGCAAAUGCGAGUGGACUUUCAAAAUGAAGAAGAAAAUGCAAUGGAGACACAAGCAUUGCGAGCCACGACUGAAGCUAGAUUCAGUGAAGAGACCAGUCUUGGCCUUGCUGCUUUGAGCUUGGAGGAUUAUCGGUGUCCAGACAGGCAUAGACCAAUGGAACAGAGAGUGUCAGGAGAAGGUAUGAGCGGCAUGCAAUACCCUAGUCAUCAGCAACCAGAGAGACGCUCGCAAUCAAUGGGACCGCCUACAUCAACCUCCCGGACACGGUCACGCUCAGAGAAACGGUCAAGGCCAGCUUCUUCUCGAGAAUCCUCCAGAAGCCCUAAGAGACGAAGAACAUAUCAAGAAAAAAUGGUCUUGUUCAAGAGAAAUAGAGGUAGACCAAAUUUCGGGCCAGCAGUGUACAAUAAUACGGUCAUACAACAGAAUGUCCAGAACAUCUAUAACAACACCACCAAUAACAAAGUGAACAUCGUCAACAGCCAAAAUGUCAGAGCAAUGGUUGGUGGCGAAAGGAACACCAUGAAUAUAGGAGAGCAGAGAUGCAGACCAGAUCAAAUGCCAGAUGGAGAAGCAGAUUUACAGCAAGAUGACCGGUGUAGAGGAGAUGAUGAGCCUGACCACGCCAAGGUACCCAGGCAUGAGGACGUACGUGAUGUGUACAGAACACCAAUGAGCAAUGUUGAUGACACACCACCAGGCAUGGGAAAAUCAAGCAUGGAAGGUAUCGAGAUAAAGAGACCAAACUUAUAUGAAGACCAACUGGAGCUUGCUGAAAAUGCCGUGGCAGGGAAGAACACUGUCCUUGUAGCCCCUACGGGAUCUGGCAAGACUCACGUGGCAGCAUACAUCAUCCAUGAUCACUUUAUUGCUAACCUACCAAAACCUGUAAACAAAAGACGUGCCCUGUUCCUCGUCAACACUGUCAAUUUAGUCGGCCAGCAGCAAGAAAAACUGAAGGAGGUUCUUGAGCCCACAAGCUUUUUCUCCGUCAUUGGAAUCCAUGGGGCUUCAGAGUUGUCCUUGAAGGAAGAGGUAGCCAGCAGGAACGUCAUCGUGCUGACGGCGCAGUUGUUAGAAAAUGCCGUGAAGGAAAUUUCCCUGGAAGAAUUCUCUCUGCUGGUGUUUGACGAGUGCCAUCUCUGCCAAAAAGGUCAUGCCUACAAUACAAUUAUGGCGCGCUACCUAGAUGAAAAACGGCAAGGCAAGACAAACUUACCACAGAUCAUUGGUAUGACAGCCAGCCUGGGGACUGGCAAAGCCAAGACGCAGGAUGAUGCUGACAAUCACGCCGUCCAGAUUUGUGCCAAUAUGGGUGCUGAGUGCAUCUCCAUGGUUAUCAGAAAUGUAGCAGUGUUAGAAUUGCGGGUCAACAUCCCUCAAGAAGUCGAGCCCAUUGAAAUAAAAUGCAGAGAGAAGGAUCCAUUUGCUGAAAAGAUUAACCAGAUCAUGGAGAAAAUUGAAAAGAUGCUUAAUGAAUCUUCAAGUCUGGACGUCCAAAAAUUCAUUAGGUCUGCGUGCAUCCCCAGCCAGCGAGGUAGCCAGGCAUAUCGUCAGUGGUGUGACCGAAUGAAGCGCAGUGCACAAAUAUUCAUCAAGAACGGGCAGGACGCUGUCUACCGCAUGCUGCAAACCUGUAUUACUCAUUUAAUGGAGUACAAUAAAUCUCUGGUAAUCAACAAGCAGGUGCGAACUGUGGAUGCUUUUGAAUAUCUGCACAGGAUGAAGGAUGCCAUGAAUGAUAGAAGUAGCUGUUUCGAUGAAACUGACCUUCAACUCUUUAAACUGUUUAUCGAUGAAGAGAGAGCGUUGAUGGAGGUAAGCGAGGACCCAACCAACCAGAACCCUCUGCUGGAGAAACUCUCUGAGAUCAUCCAAGAAGAGUACAGAAUCCGUCCUGAGUCCAGGGCCAUAUUGUUUGUCAAAACCAUCGACACGACCGAGGCCCUUCACGACUGGCUUACCCAGACGCCAGAGCUGGAGUUUUUGACUCCCGGACGAAUCGCUGGGUCAAGAGACAUGAACUCAAUCCAGCAGAACAAAGUGAUUGAACAGUUUCGCAGCGGGGAGCACAAGAUGUUGGUGGCGACCAACUUGCUUGAGCAGGGUACCGAUGUGCCGGCAUGCAACCUUGUCAUACGACUUGACUAUGUGCCGAGCGACUUUGGCCAUGUUCAGAUCAAAGGCCGCACAAGAGCUAAGGACGGACGGAGCUACCUCAUCACGUUAGUUGAAUCAAAAGGUGUCAUCCGCGAUUCCGCUAACCGCCAGCGAGAGAUCAUGAUGAAGGAAGCAGCACAGAAUCUGAUGGCAAAGACGCCGGGCCAGUUUGUCUGUGCAAUGGAACGCCAGCAGGACAAAGACAGGCUGGAGAGACAGGCUCGGCAGGAGCAGAAGAGGGAUAUUCGGCAAGACAACCAGGGGGAGACCUUCGCAUUCUGCUGCAUCAACUGCAGCAUGGUGGCUUUCCAUUCGUACCACGUCGGCAUCUACGUGGAGUCGCAGUUCCUGAUCUUGGACCCUGACUUCGCGGGCCGCAUGGAGAUCAAGGAGCACCCCAAGCCCAAGAAGGUGGGCAAAGAUGUGACAGUCGUUGGCAAGAUGUUCUGUAAGAGGUGCGGGCAUGACUGGGGAGCGCUGACCCGCAUCCAAGAUUCCUACUACCCUUCGGUGAGAAUCUGCCGCUUCAGCUUGAAGAACGUCAGUACUGGGGAGCCACACACCUACAAGAAGUGGAAAGAGGCACCCUUUGAAGUUGAAAAGGUGGCAAAGCUUCCACCGGAGGCAAAGGUCAAGGUGCCCACUAGUGUCCUCAAGAAAUUACGAAAGCUGUGAACUUAUAAUUGAUAGAUUUGGCCCAGCAUUUUGGCACACUUCCAGUCAAGUUUCUUGGUCUUUGAGAAUUUGGUAGUUAAGGAUUCGGGGGAGAUAUGACAGGUUGCUCAUACUCUAACUAAAUUCAGCUACUGCUCAUUAAAAUAUAAAUUAUAUUACGUUCUUGCUAAUAUUCAGUUGUACAACAUUCCUUCAUUGCAACUAUACUGAGGUUUAUGUAACAUGUACAUGUUUACCCAAAAAUGGUAUCAUUAGUUGUGUCAAUCAGUGAAGUCAUUGUAAUUAAUCCAAAGAAAAUUGUGAAGUCUAUGACCAUCAAGUGUUUAAGCCUGUGUCACUGUAUCUUGUGAGGUUUGAAUACCAUUAAAUUACUUGUGAAACUAUUUCAUUUCAGUGCCUGUUUGUAGAGGAAAUAUUAUGGAGCUUUUUUCAAAUAUGUAAAAUGGUUUGUUGUAAUUUUAAUGUCAAGAUGCAACUGAACUGAAAGCUAUUUGUAAUAGAUUGGAUUCAGUACUUACUGUAAUUAUAUUACUUAUGUAAUCAUUUGGCAAAGUUUACUUGAAUUUCCCAAAUACUGUAUAAAAGUGUCGGCAAAAUGAUUAUGCACAAGGGUCUGAUCAUGCUUCCUGACAGAAAAUGAUACAACAAAAUGAAAAUCAGGGCAUGAUGGUCAUUUCCUUGUGAAUUUUAAUUGCUGUAAGCCGCUAAGGGUGGAACAUUUACACAUUUAAACAAAAAAGUUCCCAAACCGUUUACAGAGUUUCCCAAAUGUUCCAAACAGUACCGCCCCUUUAAGAGGUUUGACAUUUUGAUGGACGCAAUCUUGGUAUCAGUUUUAUUGUAAAUGAUGAUGCCUGUAACAUGUAAGCAGAUUUUCGAAACACUUUACUGCUCAGUCACAUCAGAGGAAUAGCAUGAAUUCAUUACCCUGUACACAAUUUGUUGUGUUUAAACUUUUCAAUGACACUGUGGUAGGGGUGGGACGUUGAUACGUUUAAUUGUAUGGGAAAGUUUCCUAAACGUUUUUCAUAUUAAACAUAAAUUCCCACCGUGUUUAUGAGCCCCAUUAAGUGUGCUUACUUUUACAAUACUGUUAGGACUGACUUGACACAGCCUCUAACGUUUAAAGUUCAUUUGAAAUUCUAGAGGCUUAUGAAUUAAUUGAGCACCAUUGGUCUUUCAAAGACUGCAGACAGUGUAAAAAUUUCCAAGGAGGUAGCGUAACAUUCAAGGACAUGACUCAGCCAGUGUAGUGAUAGAAUUCCUGGCGACAACCAUCUUGUUUAGGUUCACUCCAAAUAUUUUUUUUCAAGAAAAAAGCCCCCCCCACAAGAAAAAGAUUCAACCUGGCACUGCAUUCUCCAACUUGGGCCACACAAACAUUGAUGCUGCACAUAUCACUUGAUUAUCCUCCAUUGGGAUAAAUUUUAAUGACACAGUUGCUUAUAUGGAUAAAUCUUGUGCUAGAGUUUUAAAUUGUAUCAAAAAUAGUUAUAUAGUGCAUGUGCAAGUAUCUCAGAAUCUCUGAACCUCCAAACGGUCAUAAACAUCAAUUUAAAAUGUUCAUAUGACAAUUUUGACAAGAAUAAGUGGUUACUCAACAUUGUAAGCAUGCAUGUGCCCUAGAAACAAUGGAUUUUCAACUCCGUCCUCAGGCUUUAAAUUUCACGAAUGUAAUUCCCAGUGCUGAAUCUUUUACAACCAUCACAUCCCCUUUUUUAUGGUAUAAAAAGAAUGUUUAUAAGUGCAGUGGUAAAAUAGAAUAAGUUUACAAGUUGACAGAUUUAACAAGGAAAAGCAGAAUGGAAUGGAACAUUGUUAUUCAUGACAUUCACUGAAUGAAGCUGUCACCGAUUGUCAAUUAUUCUUUCCAUUUCACAAAUAUGAAAUAUGGUUUCAGACAAUGCUUGAAUGAAUCUUCAUCUGAUUGGCAACUUCAGUACUAACCAGUUUCCCUUCUCAUUCGGCAGUAAAAUUGCUAUGAAGGAUUCCAAUUACUCAGUAACGAUUGCUUUAAUGGAAGUUACCUAUUUAUUCAGAAAUUCCCUUCACACAUUUGAUGGUUUGAUGAAACAUUUCAUUUGUCUUUGUUUUAGCAGUGUCAGCAUCCCGUACGGCAGCAGUUUCUGCAUGGAACUGUGCACACAGCAUGCAUUAAUCAUCCAACCAAAAUUGGUUUGCAUCCUAAAUGCCUGAUGCAAUUGUUUCAUGGUGCGUGCCCAGUCUGGUGGGACAGAUUCAUGUCAUGUGAUCAACAAUUCAGCAAUCAGAUGACAGGGAUUCAUUCAAAUUUUGUAUAAAAAGUGUGAAGUGACUAAAUGUGAAAUGUGAGGACAGUAGGUCUUGAAAAAUAUUCAUGUUCCCACAGUGAAAAUUUGUAACUUACAAUGGAAGAAUCCAGACAAAGAAUUGAGAACGGCCUGACACUUCCUCAUAGACAAACCAUUAAAUCUAAGUACUUAACAUCAACUGGCAUCUUCUAGCAAAUUUAUAAAUAUAUCAAAAAUAAUUAUGAACUGCAUCUUAUAAAGUACUAUAAGUAAAUCAACCAAUCGUGUCAUUCCAAAUAUUUUGAGAAAUUUCCUGGCUGAGGUACAAAAACGAAAUUGCAGUAUUCAGCAGGAAUAAUGAAGUUGCCCGAAGUGUUUGGAGAAACUUGUAUUGUCCAACAGAGUAAUCAGUGGUUGAGUACUUUCAGUAAAACUGUUACGUUUAGACUUGAUGAACUUUAAACCAAUCCUGUUAAUUAA